GCCCUCAAACAGCAGUUGCUCACUCGGAUGCAGCGGGUCGGUAGCAGUUUCUCCACCGAGAGUCGGGUGGCGUCCCGGUUUCCCAGCGUCAUCCUCACUGAACCGAAUCAGGUGGCCACGCUGCCAGUGCAGCUGCUCAGGGAUGAUGGAACAACUGUGCAGGACAAUGGCCAUGCCGAAGAAAGUUUCCAAGUGAAGAAUCAUGGCUUCACCCCAGAGGAGCUGGUGGUGCAGGUGGAUGGCCAAAGCCUGGUGGUGACUGGUCAGCGGCAACGGGAGAGCUGUGACCCCAUCAGGGGCGGUUUCCGCGUGGAGCAGAAGGUGCAUCGGAGAAUGCUGCUACCGCCGGACCUAGAUCCUGCCGCCAUGACCUGCUGCCUGACCCCUUCAGGCCAGCUGUGGGUCUGAGGCCAGUGCAACGCGCUGCCUCCCCCUGAAGCCCACACUGGACUAUCGCCAAGACUCAGGAGCUGUGGCUCUAAGAAGGGUUCCACCUAG